AUGUAUCUUUCAGGACAGACAGGGGAUAUAGUUUUGCCUCAGAGUUACGUCGUGAAGUAUCUUGGUUGCCGAGACGCAAGAGGUCUAUGGGGUAUCAAACAUACUCGCCACCCUGUGGAUGAACUUGUUGCAGCAGCCCGAGCACUUCAGCCUGGUGUCACUUUACCCUACUUACGGCUGGAGGUAUCAGGCAAAGGGGUUCAUCUCUCCGCCAUGCCUCAAAAUCAGAAUCCCAAUUUUGAAUCGGGUCUUUACCCUAUUGAAUCAAUAUCAUAUGGCGUGCAAGACUUAGUUUAUACUAGGGUCUUUGCAAUGAUUGUGGUUAGAGACGGCGGCAACAUGCUUGAGAAGCAUCCUUUCCUGUGCCAUGCAUUCGUCUGUGACAGCCGACAAAAUGCACGGUCCUUAACCCUGACCUUGGCCAAGGCUUUUCAAGAUUAUAGCAGAUCGGUGAAGGGCAUGCCUCCGCCCAGGAAGUUCGCUAUUGAUCUACGAACACAAGAAGAAAUUCAAGCAGAUAUGGAUUACCCUCAAGAAUCUCAAGCGUAGAAACGCCUUUAAAUUAUUACGAUGCGUAAUGAAUCCAUGCAUACUAGUGGCUCUUGAAUAAAGGAAAUAAAGAUAAUCAGCAUAUUCUUCACUAUUUUAUGUGUACAGUUAUAAAUAAAAUGGUGAGAUUUGGGUCAGAUUUACAAUAUCUAAACAGAUGAGGAAUAAUUAAUGCCUUGAAGAUCAUUUUUCCACUGUGAACCGUAAGCGCUGUCAUGUCAACAAAUUGCUUACAAAAAUUAAUUGACUGGUUUUAUAUCAGCUAUCCCCAUUAGCACAGAGGAAAAUUCCAAGGAGUGUUUUUGCGGAAUUAACCAAUAAAAAACCAUAUCGUUAUAAUGCCAUGGUUAUGAUAGCUGCAAUUGCUUCAUUUCAAAAAUAUGAAACUUUGUAGUUUUUUUUUUUUUUUUUUUUUUUUUUUUUUUUUUUUUUCCAUGCAAAACAUUAUAUUUCCAAUUAUUAUUUUAAUGAAGAUUUAGGAAGGAAAAAAACAAAGAAUUCAGCGAAAAUUUCUCUAACGAAUAGCCGCUCACCGAGAAUUUUCAAAAUCACUUUUAUCGACUAUAGCAAGUUGAAACUUACGUUACACUUCUUUGCACAUAUGUGUAUGAUAGCAUUUGAAAAAGGUGCAGGCAGUGUCGUAACCGAAAAUUUGAGAAAAUUAUUGCCAGCUGGAAAUCAAAUUCUAGAAAACCUAUGAAACUGGAAAAGUAUGUUAUAUGGGCAAAUGAAAAGUCAUGUUCUCGCAUGGAAAGGCAAAAACAAAGAAACUGCACAACCAACUCCAGCUGUCUGAAUUCUUAAAAUGCUACUGCAACACAGAAAUAACAAAUAAUACUUAAUAAUAUAAUAAUAAGUUUUAGUACCAAUAUUUUUCAACAUACCCUAGGAAAUUUACUCUGAAUUCUAGACUCAUUUCAUUUUGCUUUCACGUUUCUGGCCUGUUGUGACUACUAAGCAUUUAUACCUUCCUGAAAUUUUAAUGUAUAGUUUUCAAGAGAAUUCAUUUUGAAUAGAUAAAAUAAAUAUGAAUCAUGUUUAAUAAUCGUAUUUUUGCAUAAAGUAUUAACUAAGUUAUUAAACCCUACUCUUGUUUUCAUAUUACGUUUGCCCAGUAAUAUAAAGUUCCAAUACCUUUUUUUAAAAUUUGGAUGGUAUUUAUUUUGAAAAAAAAAACGGAGGUAAUGUGAUAAUUUCUUAAAAUCAUAAGGUCACAAAACAUUUUAGAGCAAAAUGCAAAUAUUUGUGAAAGUUCAUUGCUCUUAUUGGCAAGAUGAGAAGAUACUGCGAUAAGGAAAUCACGUGAUAGCUGGCAAAUAAAGUCAAACAGAACAACUGAUUUGUUCAGCAAGUUUAAUUGUGAAAUAUAUUAUAUAAUCUUAUUAUUAAAUAAACAACAAAUCUUUUAGAAUGAAAUGUAGAAAGAUGUGAACAUGAGCGAAUUGAGAUAAUAAUAUGCUUUCCUUCUGCUGAUGACUUUGAAUAUUUAUGUGAAGUUUUGAGUAUGCAUGCAUUCUCCCCAACUUGAAGUUAGUUUAUUAAAACACCGCACGUGAACAGAUGCCGUGCAGCUUUGACAUUAGUGUACUAAAAGAAGUGACCUGAUCUAAUCAAAAAAAUUGCAGUGAACGCUGUUGUUUUAGGGACCAAUAAAUGUAAAUAUAGAUGUAUAGUUUGUAAACUAAUAAGAAAGUGGUAUAGCUUUACAAGAAAUUUGAUAAUAAAUAUUUUGUAACUUA